AUGAUGAAAAAUGUUUCUAUUGGCAUAAAGCGAACCCGAGAGGAAAGUGAUAUCUCAGCAUCUCUUUCUUCUACUCCUACAGUGUCUACUUCUGUUUGUGUUCCUACGGUUGAGGAUCAUUAUUAUCAUAAUCAUCAUAAUAACAAAGAGGUGGAGUCUUCUCCAAAGAGACAACUGCGGUGUCCGUGGUGUAGCGAUGGUUUUUUACAGUUCCCCACUAUCACUACUACCACUGCUAGCUCUAAUGGUGUGAAGGAAGUAAACAACACUUACAAUGAAAUAAGUGGAAAUGAGGCGUUGCAGUAUCUCUGCACAAAUAAAAGUUCCUGUCCACAUAAUGAAGUCCUGCAGAAAGAUACAAGUAUUGCAUUUUCUGGUAUUCGAAAAGAGGAAUUAUUAAAUCGUUUUUACGCCGCUAUGGAUGCCCAUCAGUGUUGUCAGGCAAUUGAGAAGAUGUGCUCUGCUGGGAGUAUUGUAGCCGAACAGAGUCCACUGUUUAUGUUGUCAGUAGAGUUUUCACAAUAUGAGGCGCAAGCACCUGUUUUUUACUUUUUUGUUUGUGAUCAUUGCGGUGUGAAGGAGUUUGUCUGUUAA